CUCAGCCACUCAGCAAUGGACACCGGCGAGCCGGCGGGGGCAGUGGUAGCGGCGGCGGGAGGGGAGAAGAGGGCGGCGCUGCUGCGACAGAUCACCGAGGAGGGGGGCUUCGCCUUCGUGGCCUCCGCGGAGAAGGCAGCUGCGGGGGACCUGCGCGCGGCGGAGGCGGCACGGGAGAUGGCCUGGGAGCAGCUGCACUCGGGGCCGUGGAGAGGGGUGGAACCCGCGUGGCGGGACGCCUACGCGCUCGCCUGCCUCCACGUGGCCAGCAUCCGGGCCGCCGACGACCGCCGCGCAGCGCUCAGGGCGCUCGACAUGGGCCUCAUCAUGGGCGGCGACCUGCUCCGCGCGGAGCUCGAAGCUGCCAUCGCGCGGGUCCCGGCUUACAUAAACGGCGAUAGCAAUGGCGACGGCAAUGGCAUAGAUGCGGAGAGGUGGAUGGAAGGGCUCAGUAGGAACAGAGACAUCGCCGAUGUGUUCAAAGUUCUGCCGGUGAAAUCCUUAUUGUGUAAGCAAAUCGAGAGGCGGACAUGCAUUUCUUUGGAGGCAUUUAUACAUGAUUACUUUCUACGUGAGUCCCCUGUUAUACUCAGUGGCUGCAUUGAUCAUUGGCCUGCGAGGACAAAAUGGAAGGACAUAAAAUACCUAGAGAGGAUAGCCGGAGAUCGUACUGUUCCUGCUGAGGUUGGGAAAAAUUAUGUUUGUAAUGAGUGGAGACAGGACCUUAUCACAUUUUCUCAGUUUCUUGAGAGGAUGUGGUCACCUGAUUGUUCUGCAAACAAAACUUAUUUAGCUCAGCAUCCAUUGUUUGACCAGAUCAAAGAGCUUCGUGAAGACAUAGUGGUUCCUGAUUACUGUUAUGCUGGUGGAGGUGAACUGCAAUCGCUCAAUGCUUGGUUUGGACCUGAUGGGACUGUAACACCAUUGCAUCAUGACCCACAUCACAACCUUUUCGCUCAGGUCUUGGGCAGGAAGUAUAUUAGACUCUAUAGUGCUUCCAUCUCUGAGGAUUUGUACCCUCACAUGGAAACUGUGCUAAGCAAUACGAGUCAGGUGCGUGUUCUGUGUCAGAUAACAAGCAUUGGUUUGAACAAAUGAUUUGUCAACAUCAAUGAUCUUCGUAGUCUAGAGCAAUAUAUGAGUGAAUAUAAUUGGCAGGCCAAGAAAAUAAAUAAAUGUUCCCUUUACUUGCCUUUCAUUAUUUUCAUCCAUGCACAAAUUUGUUCCAAAUCUUCUUCGAACAACCUUGAUGCUGAGAUUCUGAAAAUAGAACAAGUUUGGUAAUCAAUGUUGGACUACGUAGCAGAUUUUCUUGUGGUCCUCCUGUUCAGCCGUGCUUUGUAACUGUCCAAAAGAUCGAUGUCCCUCAUGCCCUAAAGCUAUGUGCUCUAUAAUUUCUUUUGCACAACUAGACUUGAUUGAAAGAUAUUGAUUUUCAUGAGACUAUUGUACACACAAUGUCUCUGCAGGUUGACCUUGACAACAUUGAUGUAAAGGAGUUCCCUAGGAUGAAAGGUCUUGAAUUCAUGGACUGCAUACUGGAGGAAGGUGACCUGCUUUACAUUCCACCAAAAUGGUGGCAUUA